UAUCACAUCUUAUUAUUUCAAACGAGUUGACAGCUCUGUUAAGCAAAAUAAAAAAAUUUUGUUUUCUACGAGUCGCAAAGCUUAAAAAUAGUUUUUCAUUCGUUUUACUCGUGUCUGGCUGUUUAAAGCGCGAUACAAAAUGGCACGUCGCUCCAAUUUCAUUGAGGGCAACGACAAUUUUCGCGAGCAGAACUUGCGAUUUGUGCGGAACGAGUUUGAGGACAACAUCAACCAGUUCUUCGGAGGUUCGAAUCCAGGCGGAAGUGGCCAGCAGAAGCCUCCACCGCGGGACUCGCUAAUUGUGCAGCCGACUGCAGGAAAGAACGAGAUGGACAACCGCCGGCAGUUUCUACGGGAGCUGGGCGCCAGUCGGAUGUUGGCCAACGCCCUGGCACAGCGCACCUUUAAGGUGCCCAACUUCAACCUGCGCCACUUUCAGCGCCAGAGGUUCCGCCUCAGCGUCGAGCUGGGCGACAGUCGUCAGGACGUGGUGGACAAGGAGGUGCUGCGUGCCAUCGGGGAGGCGGUGGAGAACCAGGUCGACGCAGAGUUACGUCCCCGAACCCCAUCGCCGCCGAGGAACAUUGAUUGGCACAACAUCAGCAGGGAAAAUUCGCAGGAGAGGAUUGAUCGAUCGCGUCCGAGGAAUCGGCAAAGGGAGGACAACUUUCAAGGACGGAGGGACAACAGUCGGGGAUUUCCAGUGCAUCGAAAUGCAAAUCCUCAAGAGUUUAACCACAAUAAAAGAAGUGAUUCAUUCAAUCAGAAUAACCGCAGUGCAACUCAGCAGGACGUAAAUCGCAAUAAUCGUAAUGCGAAUCCACAGGAAUUGUAUGGCAAUCGAAAUGCAAAUCCAAAUCGUAAUGCUAAUCCUCAAGAACUUACUCGCUGUAAUCGAAAUGCAGAUGAGUUGACUAGAAAUGAGUAUUCUCAUCCGAAUCCGCAGGAAUUUAAUCGAUCUAACAGAAAUGCAAAUCCGCAGGAAUUCAAUCGAUCUAACAGAAAUGCGAAUCCGCAGGAAUUCAAUCGAUCUAAUAGAAAUGCGAAUCCGCAGGAAUUCAAUCGAUCUAAUAGAAAUGCGAAUCCGCAGGAAUUCAAUCGAUCUAAUAGAAAUGUAAAUUCCCAGAACUUAAAUCGUAAUAAUCUUAAUGAUGAAUUUCAUCGAAAUAAUCGAAAUGAUGAAUUUAAUCAAAACAAUCAUAUUGCGAGUCCGCAGGAGCUUAAUCGAAGUAAUCGCAAUUCGGAUGAACUCAAUCAAAAUAGUCGCGAUUUUUGUCCGGAAGAGCCAUAUCGUAACCAUCAUUAUGGAAAUCCACAGCAAUUUAACAGCAAUCAGGAACCCAGUGACAAUUACCAACAUGUUCAAGGAUUAAAUCGCAAUAACAACAUUCGUGGUCAGGUAACAAAUGUUGGAGAUAAUCCCUCUAACUCAAGAAAUACCCGUACAAACUACAAUCGUGGGUCUGGUACUCAGGACUUUGUUCCCAAUCAACAAACCAACUGGGGUCGAAAUUCAAAAAUUAAUCAACAUGGCAAAAACGUUGACAAUUUUCAGUUGCCGAGAGAUCGAUUCGACUCACCUGAUAACAACCCACAACAGCUGCGAUAUACUGACCAGGAUAUUCGUGAAAUGAACGAAAACUUUGAAAAUCGUGAACAACAAACCGUUCGCAAUUACCAACGUAUUGUCAAUAACAAUCAAAUUACACUUUGUCGCACUGAUUUGAUUGAAGUCGGUCAACGAAAUUUAGACGGCGACAACUUUGUGUCCGACGAACGCACCUUUAUUGAUGAUCCACAGGAUAACUUCAGAAGACCAGGCAUGCGCAACCGAGAAGAACGAAACUUUAAGGGCAACCAACAUAGCCUCAGAGAACAUGGCACUGAUGAUCGUAAUUCAUAUGAACGCGGUCGCAACUUUGUCGACAAUAGGUGCCAGUUUGAUCGCGAACCCGAUCGUCAUUAUUUAAACGACGAUUUCAAUCAGCGGAACAACUCUUCGCGUGGCGCUGACAUGCAACGCCUUCCCUCAAGGGAAGCUGACACAUUCCGAGGCUCAAAUAAACCCCACUUUCCGCCGAACCAGUAUCAGCAAACUAUGGAUCGCGGAUCGGGUUCUGGAGAUCGAUACCGCGAUAACCAACAGUCGCGAGGUCUCAAUCCUAACAGACCUGUGGGUCCUAACCAAAUCGGACCAAUUGCUGAUAGAUUUGCUCCAAGAAACACCAAUUUAAAUAGUUCAAAUCAAAAUGCAAAUCAACCCAGAACAAGUCUCGAUAGAAAUUUGGCAAGGAAUAUUUAUCCAGGUGGUCCACAACAGCGUAAUAUGAGUCGGGAUCGAAACUCAAAACCAAACUUUAUUCCUGGCGGGCCAAACCAACCAAGAUUAUGUCAAGAUAAAAACAAUAGAUCCACCUCAUUAACAACUCAAAAUCGUACCACAUAUAGGAAUUCAAGCGGGCCCAAUCAAAACCGCCCAAAUACAUCAGCAAGUCAAGAUCGCAAGGCAACCAGGAUCGAUGCCAAUCAAAGCAGACCAAUUGCAAACCAAUCACAAGAUGCAAAACCUUGUAUUCCAAUCCAAAUAAACAAGAAGCCAGGUGCUGCACCAAACAAUCGGGGACCGAAUCAGAACAAGCCCAAUCAGCCGGCCAUCCAAACUAAGAACCUCAAUCUUAGUGCAUCCAGACCAAACAAUCGGGGACCGACUCAGAACAAGCCCAAUCAGCCGGCCAUCCAAACUAAGAACUUCCAUCCUAGUGCAUCCAGACCUGGCCAGCAGACGAAUAAUGUCAAACCACAAGCACCUAAGAACAAUGCGGCCAUGGCAAACCCACGCGCUGGCCAAAAAAGGGAAGCGGAGGCCGCAGGGUUGGGGGCUCCAAAUCAGGCUAAAAAAUCUAACCCAAAGCGCCAGAGGGUGAACACCAAUCGGAGCUUCAUUAUAGGCGGUAUUCGCCUGCCCUAUAUCAACAACAAUAGCAAGGAACUGCCACAACCAGAGGAGGAGUCCUACGCGGUGACUUUCUUCGAGCAGAAGCCCAUCUACAACACAAACAUUUAUGCUACGGACGAUGGCGCGAUUUGUAAAGAGGAGGAUGAAGAGGACGUAUCUGAAAAUGAAUCUCUUGACUCGAAUCGAUCUGAUGUUCAGUCGACUUUUAACAAUCGUAACUCCAAGAAGAAGGUACGCUCCCAGUUGCGUAAAGAGUGGACGAAAGUCUAUAGGAAGAAUAACUACAAGGACUGGAGUGCCUGGUGGAGGGAUUACAAGUGGUGCGGAAGCGAAAUCAACAAAAAGCUAGAGAAGUACGGCGACCGCUCCUUGCGUCACCGCUUCAUUCCCUCUUCACCAAAAGCCACCACCGAACAAGUGGUCAAUCAGGUAUUCAAAAUGGGCCACGUGGGUCUGGAGAAGAAUACCUUCAGCCACUACCGCAACAUGCGUUCCAUUUUCCUUUUAAUGAACGAGACGUUUCUCGAUAAUUUGUCCGAGAAGCAAAUGGAGGAUUUGCAGGACCUAAUCCGUGGCAUUCCAAAUCACUUAUGGCUGUACAAAAUACGCAGCAUGGUCUACCUUUGGGAGAGGUACCAUGGCACUCUAAAGAGUCCAGCCUCAAAAAAUGUGCAUAGGGCCAAGGAAAUUCAAUCCAUUGCGCGCGAAUGGAAGAAUCCCGUCUUUCACUGGCUGGCCAAGCAGGCUUUUGAUGAGCUAAAGGCAAUCAGCGAGAUCGCCUGGCCGGAUCAUAAUAAAAUCUAUCCUGGCUUAAAAGGAUAAUUUAACGCGGAGCUUAUUAAACAUAUAACUUUAAACAUUAUGUAUAUUAGAUUGUAUACGGAAUUACAGCCAAAUAAAUCAUGGAUUUAGUUUCUGCAAUGGAAAACUACGCUUGAAUCACCAUAAGAUUGAUUAGUUACAUGGAACUUUGCUGAGAACAAAAUCUAAUAUCCUUAUCCGUUUCCCUU